AUGGAUCUCAACAGCUUACUUUUGAAAUAUUCGAAUCAUAUUGAAAUUAUUCAACUACUGAAUACUUCAGUAGACAUACAGAACAAGAUUGACCAUUUAUAUGUGGAGUCAAUCAAAUAUUUACUUGUUAGAAUGAUGUUUAUUGGAUCUGAUUGGUCUAAAAUUUCGGAUACUGGAGAAUUUAUUUCAUCGAACACAAAUCUAAAUGAGAAAGUAAGAAAAUUAGUAUUAUCCUACAUGGAAUAUAGCUCAGCCUUUGAACUCUUGCUUUUACAAACGAAUAGGAAAGCCUUAAUGACCCUUCCUUUAAAACACGUGCUUUCUCACAAGAAGGAUCAAUUUAUUUCAUGGGAGGAAUAUGUUGUUUACAAUUUGGCUGAAUUAAUUGCAUACAGUUAUUCGAAAGUUCAAUUUGAACCGAGGAAAGUUACAAAACUCUCAAAUCCAAAAAUUGAAAGCAUGAAUAAGACAAUUCUAGGAAAAGGAGGUUACGGAACUGUGUUUAAGGUUAAAUUAAACGAGAAGGAUGUCGCUGAGAAAGUAACUCACUUAAUCUCUAUUAUUGAAAUUGAAAUACUUGAAAAGAUUAAUACCUACACAGGAACUGUGGAAAUGCUACACCAUUUGCAGUAUGAUGGAGGGUUUAGGCUAUAUUUUGAAUUGAUGGAUAGCUCAUUGAAAGAGUAUUCGAUUUGUGGAGAUUCAUUCCUGAAACUAUUUCAAAUUUUGAUGGUCUUCUUGAAAUGUUCUGGAACCCUCAAUAGAAUGCACCAAGAUGGUAUAGUGCACAAUGACAUUAAGCCUCCAAAUAUAUUGGUUUCCAAGAUGGAGGUUGGUGGUGAAAUACUUAUUAAGGAUGCCAAAAUUGCUGACUUUGAUGUUUCACAACAAAUUGAGAAAACAGAAACAUAUAAUGUAUCGAGGGUGGGUACAUUGGGUUAUAUGGCACCGGAAUUGAUUGCUUUAAUUAAUAAUCAACUUCCUAAGGAUUUUGAAUUCAAUAGAAAAGCAAUUGAUGUCUAUAGCUUUGGAGUUACCAUGUAUGAAUUACUAUUUGGAGAAAUAUAUUUGAAAGAUAACAAUGAACAACGAUCUCUACUUUCAUUAACCCGUAUCAAAAACUCAUUAAGUGGUCUCAUACUAGGAUCUGACUCAAGUAGCAGAUUAGAAGUUAGUUUAAUGCAAAGUUAUAAUUUUCUAAAUGGAGAACAAGUUGAAAAAUUGGUAAAUUUGGUAAAUGCUUGCACAUGUGUAGAUCCCAAAAAAAGAAAAUCAUUUAGUGCCAUUCAGGAAGAAUUGCUUCAAAUUACUAUGGAUAUUUUCACUCAAUACAGAAAAGGAUAUGUAUUAGACUUUUAGUAUCCAACCCUAACAAUUUGUGGGUAAAGUUAAUUUUCUUUUUAUCUUUCAUUUUCACUCAAGCCAGAAACAAAACUAAAUGUUUACUUCAGAAAUAAAUUUCAUUAAAUUUGCAC